AUGACCGCAUCUCAGAAACUCAGCGUAGGGUUCAACCAGUACUUUCUUCCAGAGGAAGAUCUGAAAUACCUACCGCCAUACUUUCGUGACGUCCCGGAGACGCCCCAAGAGACGGAGUGCAAGACUUCAGGAUUGUGGCCCUCAUGGCUCAAAGGUACCUUCGUAAGAGUUGGCCCGGGGCGGUGGACGAUUCCCCUUUCUGAAGACGGAUCGAAGCCCAAGGCAGUGAUUCAGCACUUUUUCGACGGACUGGCUAUGCUACACAAAUUCCGGAUGCAGGACGGACUCGUUUUCUACACAAGCCGAUACACUUCCGAAGGCGUUGUGAGGAGGGCAAAGAAGGAUGGCUAUCUUUCUGCGAGUGUCUUCGGCCUGAACCCAAACACGCCCCUAAAAUACGCCCAAGAUCCCUGCUCUGCACUUCUUGGUGCUCAGGUCCUGGUUCAAACGGACUUCAAUUUGCUUCAAGUGUGCGAUGCACGCACACUCGAGCCGAAAAGAAUGUUAACCUACGCUCAAAUCGACCCUCAACUCUCUGGUUUUGGCAUCUGUUCUCAUCCACCGAAGGAUCGUAAGCGCGGUCUAACUUUCAACUACCUGAUAGACCCGGCUACGGGUGUUAUGUCAGUAUUUGCUUUGAACAUUGCAGCAAAUCCAGCCUCUCUCGUCUGGAAGACACCACUUCCAUGCGAGCCAUGUUACAUACAUUCCCUUGCGAUGACUGAUAAAUACGUCAUCUUUAUCAGAAAUCCCGUCCAUAUGGACGUCAGUGAUACUACGAAACCGUUGGUGGACAUGCUUCUGUUCGAGGAAGGGACUCCAACACAGUUCUUCGUUCUGAACAAGAGUGAUGGCCAACAUAUCGCAACCUACGCCCAAAAAGAUGGGUUCAUGUUCUUUCACUCUGUCAACGCCUACGAUUACGUCGACUCUAGCACCGGCGCCGUGAACAUUCACGUGGAUCUCUGCAGCUAUGGAGGGGACUAUCCGCCGUAUAGCGAAUACAGCCUGAGCAACAUCGUCGACCCAGCACGUCCGUUCCAGAACGGGACGCUCAUCCGCUACGAGAUGGCCGCUGUAGACCACGCUGAUCUCUCCAAGAUUGGUCGUGUGACAGUCGCAGCGUCAAUUCCGGGAAUGCCUUGUGAGCUUCCCCGGAUUGGUAAAAGCGCUUCCAUGGAUCCUGCAUAUCGCUAUGUUUACUGCACCGCCGGCAAUGGCGGGCCCUCUCCGGGAACGUCAGUGCCCAUCGGUCGACUUGGGAAUGGGCUGAAGAUUGUCCAAGCGGCGAUGUUCAAUAGCUUGGCCAAAUCCGACUGGAAGACUGGGACGUUUAAGCGAUGGCAACCUGAGAAUGGUGAGAGUUGUCCUUGCGAACCCGUGUUCGUCCAGAGGUCGGACGCGGGGGAUGAGGAUGACGGUGUGGUCUUGACGAUUGUCAUCAACCGAGAGGGAAGUCACAGCAUCCUCGUGGCCCUCGACGGCAAGACCUUUGAAGAGGUUGCGAGGGCGGACAUGCCGCAAGUGUAUGGGCUUGGCCCUCAUGGGUCAUUCAUCGAAGGCGACUUUGGUGUGUAG